AUGGCUUACAAUUUGAUUAAGGACAUUGAAAAGAACCACCACUCAUGGGGAAAUUCUAGAGAGAGAAGUGAUAAAUCCCCUCAAAAGAGUGGUUUGUAUGAGGUUGAGAGCUCUAAACAUGCAGUUGAGAAAAGAAUAGAAGAUAAAGAGAAUGUUAGUGAAAAGGGUGAAGAUAUUAAAGAGGAUGUUCCGACACCGCCAGAAAAGGAGGUGGUGGAAGAGGUUGAGAAGGAAGCACCAUAUGUUGAUCCUUCUCCCUACAAACCCAAGGUACCUUUCCCUCUAAGAAUUCUAAAAGCCAAAGUAGAGGUUCAAUUCAUGAAGUUUGUAGACAUGAUUAAGAAACUCUAUGUGAAUGUGCUUUUCAGUAAGGUUUUGUCCCAGAUGCUGACUUAUGUAAAGUUACUCAAGGAAAUCCUCUCCAAAAAGAGGAUAUUAAAGGAACAUGAGAUAGUAGCCAUGACAACCACCACUACUGCGGUUAUCCAAAGUAUGCCACUAAAGAAAUUGGGUAUAGGAAAAAUUAAACCAACAAGUGUGACUCUUCAAAUAGAAGAUAGACCGAUCAAGUUUUUGGCCGGGAUUUUAGAGGAUAUUCCUGUCAAAGUAGGGCAUCUCUAUAUCCCCACUAAUAUUAUCAUCAUGGAUAGUAAGGAGGCCCCCCAUGUACUUAUAUUUGUAGUUAGACCAUUCUUAUGCACUGAUGGCACUAUCAUUAAUGCUAAGAGCGGCACAUUAAGUGUGGAAAUGGGAAAUGAAAGGAUAGAUUUUAUAAUGACCAUUAUGAUGAAGGAUAACUACAUAGAGGUAUCAUGUUAUUUGGUUGAGGUGGAAAAACCUAGUGCUGAAUAA